AUGUCAAGUCUUCUAAAGCCCGCCUAUCGCUAUCACGGUUGUCAUUUGAAAUGUUGUGAAAUUGGUCUGCAUGGUCCUCGCAGCACGAAUAAGCCGCGUUGGUCUUUUCUUUACAAUCGGAGGCUUCCUUUCUUACUAUUCCAGACCCUACGACCAAAUAUCGGUGCCUAUUGUCACGAUUUGACAUUGCAAAGGGAUCGAAAGCAUGGAGCAGACCAAAAAGAAAAUCCACACUCGCUUCUUGGUUUUCAUUCAGACGGCCCAGUGCAUCCUCUAAUGAUGUGGAGAUCCUUCUGGAUGAUUUAUACUGAAUGGCCAACAAUGUAUCCGAGUCUUUUGACUAGCCAAAAAAAGCGCUGGUGCCAAGCACCAACCUCAAGACGCUGGAUGGUCACUUUCACAUUGCAAGACUGUUAA